AUGGGGCUUCUGUGUGCUUCCAUCCCCAACCCGCUCCCCUCUUCCUCCCCAACUCAUCCCUCCCCUCCGCUCCCCCACCCUCUCCCUCCGUGUGUGCACCUCCCCCAGAAGCACCUGCUGAGCCUGUGGCAGGAGAAGCGGCGCCUCUCCUCCCUGCAACUUGCUGUGGACGAGCUCUCCUUCCUGGUAACUUCCCACACGCUCUUCCUCCUGGUGCGCGAGCGCGAGGGCGAGUUCAAGGAUCUGGACGAGCAGCUGCUGAAGCUGCAGCAGGAGGUGAUGCGUGAGGAGGAUCGGGUGGCGGCAGCGAAGCAGGAGGCAGCAGCGGCACUGGAGGUGGCGAGGGGGGUGGUGGACCUGAGGAGGGAUGAGGAGGCCAAGAGGCUGUUUGAAACGCUGCCCGACUCGCUGGAGGAGCUACAGGAGGAGGUGGAGGAGCGCAUAGGGCAGGCGAACCGCAUCGUGUGCCCCAACCCCCACGUGCUGCAGCAGUUCCAAGAACGGCAGGAGCAGAUCCGCACUAUGCAGGGCAAGGUGGAGAGUGAGAGGCAGCAGCUGGAGGAGCUCCGGGCAGAAGUGGAGCGCGUGCAGGGUCUCUGGCUGCCGCGUCUCCGCUCGCUGAUCGUUCGCAUCAAUGAGGCCUUCUCCAGAAACUUCCAGGAAAUGGCCGUUGCUGGGGAGGUGGCUCUAGAUGAAAGGGGGGCUGACUUUCGAUCGUAUGGCAUUCGAAUCCGAGUCAAGUUCAGAGAGAGUGCAGAGCUGCAGGACCUGAGUGCACACCACCAGUCGGGAGGGGAGCGCUCAGUGUCAACGAUCCUGUACCUGGUGUCGCUGCAGGACUUAACGCGGUGUCCGUUCCGAGUGGUGGAUGAGAUCAACCAGGGCAUGGAUCCCACCAACGAGCGCAACAUGUUCCAGCAGCUCGUGCGCGCCGCCACCCACGACCACACGCCGCAGUGCUUCCUGCUGACGCCAAAGCUGCUGCCAGACUUGGACUAUGGCGAGUCAUGCACGGUGCACUGUGUCAUGAAUGGCGUGCAUGCCGCUUCCCUCGCCUCCACUGCUGGUGAGUGCCGUGAGGACUGGUGGCCUGCUGACUUGAGCUGA